AUGGACGAUGUGUGGCAAUGGCUGAUCAGCCUCCCUUCUCUACCGGGCAAGCCGUCGUCGCAGACCAUAGUAGUCCUCGCUGCCUCCCCUGACAGAACCACUUCCAUUGCCCUGCAGGCCGACUGCAUCCCGUCGGUUGAAGGCGACGAGGGUGAGAAAACGCUGGUAGAUUUCUCCCUCGCCUUGAACGGCACAAACGGCGGGGUGCGCGUGCUGUGGACGUCGGGGCGAUUUGCGGCCGCCUCCAGUGUCGCAUUGCGGUGUCAGCUGCUGGCGAGGCUCCUCGACGAGGUGAUCAUGCUGUCACCAUUCAUCCCUUGCAUGAGCGGAAACCACGGUGGGUUACCGGAACCAAAGCUGGACGAGGAGGUCGUCGCCGGCGUCUUCGACAUGGCCGAGACCGAUGGAACAGCGCCCGCUGCCUCCUUUUUCUCGCUGGCUCUGCUUCUGCGCCUCUUCUGGUUAUGCGCUUGCGAGGCACCCGGCGACACCGGGUUUCUCUUCUUCCAAGCUCUUGGGGCUGACAUCGAGCGCGCUCUUGGCAACUGCCGGCCGGCGCUAGGCCAGCUCCUAUGCUCCGUCGGCCCAGACGUCGAGCAGCAGUUCAUGCGGUCGCUCGGCUACAUGUUCGCGAAGCUGUGCUUGCUGCGGGAGAUGCAAGCGGAGUCGGCAGCCAGGCAGACCGCGCUCCCCGCGGCGUGCCUUUCCCUGUCGUAUGCCACCGAGGUGCACGGGCUAUUGAUUCUGAAAGGCUACGCGCCGGUGAUCGCCAUGUACCGCGUCACUAGCGCGGCAUGGACGCCCAUUGCGGCGCUGCCUCACGAGGCGCCGGAGGAGCCGGCGCUACGGUACGGCCUGGCGCACCAGCAGCUGGAGGUCGUCGCGCAUCUGGAGUACGCCAUUUGCGCGCGUAACAAGAGAUUCAUGACCAUUUCUGUGCGCGUUGACAACGUCCGGGUACGCGUCGCGCGGCUCGGGUUACGGAAGGACGAGACGGACACCGGUGGCGAGGAUGUCGACGACGACGCUAUGGACAGCGAGCGCCAUUUCCCGUCUCGUCUCCGCCUCUGGGUCGGUCCUCGGUUCGGCGCGUCGUACGCCACCGGCCCGAGCCUCGGCCGGUCGACGGGGAACCCAGAGCGCCACGUCGAGAUGACGCGCACCGUCAGGGGCACCUUCGCCGGCACUACCAAACUAGCGAACGGCGUCGUCCUUCCGAGGGUCAAGGCCAAGAUGCGCUCGUCGGCCCGGAGAUGCAACCGGAGCUGGCGGUGGGAGCAAGAGGCAGAGGGCAGCGCGGGCGUCUUCGAGGGCGUGCUGUGCGACCCGGUUACCGGAACGGAGAUCGCGUCGUGGCGCGACAGCAAUGGAGGCACGGCGGGAGCAGCCGACCCGCGCAACGGCAUGCGGCGGCGGUACGGCGGACCGGGCAGGGCCUUCACGAAGAUGUGGGGGCUGGUGGUGGCAGGUGACGAUCUGCCGGAGGAGGUGACGUGGAGGGUGGGGAUGGAAGCCGAGGGGAGGACGGUGCCGUGGCGCGUGGGGCUCAAGGCCUGGGUGAGCUACAUGCCCAAUGGGGUGAGGAGCCGGCACUUCGAGACGAGGUGCAUCGAGUGGGCACACGAGGUCGAGCUGCCGCUUGUCGCCGUUAAUGGCGAAGAUCUGUAACAUAAGUAAUUGAUUAGCACACGAGAUAAAAUGAAAUCAUGUUCAGUACAUAUCGA